CCUUCUAUUUCACACAACAAACUUUGAGCACAAGCUUACAGCAUUUCCUUUGCGCUCUUUUUGACUUUAAUGUAUGAGAAAUUAACACGACAAGAUGGUUUCUCAGGGGAUUCAGAUCACUGGUAUAGCAAUGGCUAUAGUUGGCUGGCUCUUGGACAUCGUAGCAUGCGGCUUACCCAUGUGGAAGGUUACUGCUUUUAUCGGUGCCAACAUCGUCACAGCUCAAACCUUCUGGAAGGGCUUGUGGAUGGACUGUGUGGUGCAAAGUACAGGCCAGAUGCAGUGCAAGGUGUAUGACUCUAUGCUGGCUUUGGAAUCUGACCUACAGGCUGCUCGUGCCAUGAUUGUCAUCUCAAUCCUGGUUGGAGUCUUUGGACUGAUCUUGUCAGUUGCUGGUGGAAAAUGUACUAACUGCAUCGAAGAGGAGCAAGCCAAAGCAAAAGUUUGCAUCUGUUCUGGGGUUCUGUUCAUCAUCUCUGGAUUUCUCUGCCUCAUUCCAGUCUGUUGGUCUGCCAACACCGUCAUCACCAAUUUCUAUAACCCAAUGAUGAUGAAUCUCCAGAGAUAUGAGCUGGGAUCUGCGCUGUAUAUCGGCUGGGCCGCUACUGCGUUGCUCUUAAUGGGAGGGGGGCUCCUGUGCUGGAACUGUCCACCUAAACAUGAGCGCCCCCACUACGUGCCUAAAUAUGCACCUGGAAAGUCAGUCUCCACAUCAAGAGAAUAUGUUUAAGGUGGUAUUCCAUUUUCAUGUGGACUCUCAAGGUCACAGAAAUGGCAACAGUAGGAAAUUACAGAUUCAAUUUUCCAUAUAUUCAAGAUUUCAACGUAAAUAUGGUUUAAAAACUACUGCUUGAACGGUGAGGUUUGGUUGUGGUUUGUGUGGUUGUAAGGGUGAUUUUUCCCAUAUCGGACAUUAUGUUGUACCAAACAUAUAAAGCUAAUAUCAUAAACAAUGGCUGCAUUCCAUUUGGAGGUACCAGCAGGGCUUUGAGACUGAGUAAACUGAUUCAUUGUCUCAUCUGAAUGAAGAAAUAUUAUUAUUGUUACUGCUGUGCUGUUCCUUAUAUGAUUUCUCAAAAGGAUUGGUGUAAAAUACUUUCCCUAGAUACCACCACCAAGUAUUCUGUGAAAGGGGCUUUUGAAAUGUCUAAGUUGUACUGGAAUGUAACUGUGUUUAAAAUUUCUGGGAUUUGUAGCAUAAUUUUGAUCAAGCAAUGUGAAUUUUAAAGUCAGAUUUCUAUCGAUGACAAAUUAUAUUGGAUAUCAUUAAUAUCUUAUCUCACAUCAGCACAUAUAUAACUGCUACGGGUGCCUUUAAAAUUGUUUUCUUUUGCAAAACACUCUUUUUUGCCUUGUAUGUAUUUUCAUAUGUUGUAAUGCGCUUUUCAAAACCCUGAAAAUCCCACAUGGAGAGAUUAUCAAAAUGACUUCUCUCCAUUUUUCUAUUGGUGAUCGCUUGUAACGUUUCUGCUCUGUAAAUAAACUGAACUUCAUUCUGAA